AUGAACGGCUAUGUGAAAGUGUGCAGCGAAGGCGAGCCAAGUUGUAGGUCCACGAAUAGAUGGCUCGUAAAGGUGCCCACAAAAGACGGAGUUUUAGAGCCCUUCAGAAAGUGUGUCGACCGGCCCCGCCUCCCCUCUGCAGGCCUCCACUGCGUCCCGUCCGACUUAGGAAAACGUCCGUUGUUAGACUGCGAGGCUACGUGGGGCGUCGGCGGUGGGGCGCGGAGAGCGGGGCGCAGGGGCGGACGGGGGGGUAGCGUUGCGCAACGCAUUACAAUAAAGCGACAUUACGUGCGGCCGCAGCGCCCGCGUCGGGGUCAUGCGCCGGGCCUGCGCCCUGCCGCGUCUGUUUCGGGGAAUGAGAGGCGAAUGAUCCAGCCGUCCACGCAAGGAUGCGCGGGCGACGCGCGUUUCUUUUUAGAAAGUGGCACGUGUCGGGGUUGUUCACCCUACGCGAUCCGGGUCAGGCGCCGCCCCGCGCACCCCGCGCGCCCACCCGCCGGCGCC